AUGAUUUCUGCGGAAGCACUCUGGGCAGUAUGUUAUCGAUGGAUUCUAUCGAAAUGGCCAAAAAAAGACUCAAAUCACAUAAAACCAGUCGAUAUGGAUCCAGUGAACCGACGUAUCUUCGACUUCGAACGACAUUUUGCAUUACUUCUUGUCUUUACUCUCUUUAUGAUCGUCUCCAUCUGUCUUGGUUUUCGUUCUCUUUAUAUUAUUCUUAUCUGGUCAAUUUUUGUCUGUCCAAUUUAUCUACUAUUGAUGCUGACUGAAUUCGGUUUUCGUUGGAUGCAUUAUCAAGUACCACGGUUUUUUGGCGAACAACGAUGGUACUGGACAUUUGCACCUUACAUUACCUCACUAUUACCACUCAUUCAUUCAUUCGAAAUGGCAAGUCGUCUUCUUCGUAUGACAAUUCCGAUGAUGGGUCGCAUGUUUCAAACAAUACCCGUACCACACGAUGUCGUGAUCAGUGUCCUCAUAGCUCUCCUAGACACCUUAUUCUUCCUCAUCUUUAUUCCGAACAUGCAACGAACAUUGUAUUUUGGACGGACAUUAAUUUUGCUUGUCUUCACGUUUCUCAUCAUCUUCAUUAUUGCUUGUACACGACAUCCAUUCACCAGUACACACCCGAAAAUUGUCACUGUGCAACAUGUAUCACAAUCGAUCUAUCGAAUCGAGAUUCCUACCAAUCUACCUGUUCUCGUUCCACUCAUUUCCCGUUCAGCAUCGAUUACACUCGCAUCAUUUGAUAAUAUUGGUUUAUCACCGAUUCUCGACGAGUUUUCAGCUAAAACAGGCCAAUCAUUAGUCAAUCAACAGUGUACAAAACCAACUAAUUGCACAUUCGAUGAUACAUUCAAUCGUACCAUCGCUAUCAAAGAAGUCGAAUUAACAUCAAUAACGAAGACUAUGAAUUAUAAAUUGAUAUUUCGGCAUGUUCCGUCUUAUCAGAUUGGAGUGUUUUCGACGACCGUAGCCAAUUUGAUUGUACAGAACUCAUCACUGAAACCAAGAACAGAGACGAUCGUCAUUGUGGAGUCAUUUCCUUUAACAUCGAACUUUAGUAUUGAGAUGAAAAUUGAACGGUGCGAUGUUGCAGAUUCACCAUUUCUCAUGUUUCUGAUUCGUACAAUGCCUUAUGUCGUGAUGUGGGGGCGUGGUCGAUGUCAGACGAUCCUUGACAUAGUCACACUGGUGAUUACUGUUCCAUGA